AUGCAACAUUCUAAUCAUGAUGAUAUUCAUGAACAUAAUGAGAAUGUUAAUUCAAUGUCAUCAAGUCAUCUAAUUAAUCAUGGAAAUGAUGGAUUAUUUCUUAGUUAUACCUAUUUAGGAAUAUAUCUAUUAUGUUUAGGAAUUUGGUGGUGGAUUCAAGCAUUAAGACAACAUUAUUCUACAACGAAACACAAGCAUCAUAAUGAACAAUCUACUACAACUGUGUCCAUUGGAUCACGGAGUUGUUGUAAACAUAGUAGAGGAGAAGGUUUAUGUAAAGUAAUUUGUUGUCUGAUUGGUAUUGGUGUAGAAUUGAUCACAUUGAAAUUAGGUCGUCAUCAUGAAUAUGCUCAAUUUCCAUUUUAUACAGCAAUGUUGCUAGUUGGUUUAUUGGAUAUAUUCAUGUCGACAACAAUGAUUGUAUUACCGAAAGGAUUUGAUUCUAUGAUAUAUGCAUUACCAUUCUUUGUACAUACUUAUUGUUUACGUGCUCAAUCCUAUCAACAACCACAUAUUACAGAAACCUGUUGUUUAUUGAUUAGUUAUUGGGGAUUGAUAGUUGGUUGCUCGAUGAUACAUGAAAUGAUGAUGUUGACGUCAAUGAAGGCAGUUGAAGUUGGGGUUGGGUAUGGGGUGUUUAACAACUCCUUAUUAUGGACAUGGAUCAAAUGUUUCAGUGUGAUGAUACAUGGAUCAUGGAUAUGUCAAAGUGGAUUUUUAUUAAAUUCUCCAUUCAAUCAAGCAUGGGAUGAAACUGAUCAUGAUAAAGUGAUGUUAACUGUUGUGAUAUUUGUAUGGCAUAUGUUUAUUGUGAUGAUUGGACAAUUAUUAUUAUUAAUAGUAAUAGCUAAAUGUUAUGGUGUUUCAUCGGAUUGGACUGAGAUGACGAACUUGUCGAUUAGGAGGACACCAUCAUUAUAUAAAUAUGGUAGAGAAUCAUUGAAUAAAUCUAAUUCCAUUAAUCAAUAUGAUAAUAUUGAAUAUACACAAUUACUGAAUACAGAUUAUAUUGAAUAG